AUGUCUUGGUUCUCAAACACUUUUCCCGUUACACCUCUGGCUCUAGGGCUAGAGCCGUCGUCUUUGAUCACUUCUACAAUCGUCAAAGUGUCGAACAUCAGAGAGAGCCUAGUAACGGACGAAGAACGCCGUUCACUCGAGGAAUUCCACCGCGCCCUCAACAACCGAGACCUCCACGUUGCAGUACCUGUCAACGCUGCCACGGACCCCCAGCCUCCUGCCCACAGCGACACAGAAAUUGAGUACUACGAAGACUCAUCAGCCGCCUCUUCCCCCAUCUCUGAACUAGAAGGACUAGUUCUAGCCGUUGACGAUUUAGCAUUCGAAAUCUCCCAACUCCGCCAAUACGUCGCGCUUACUCGUGAACGCAUCCGCAGCUGCUCGAACCUGCUUUUGGGAAUCCGAUCAAGCAUCCAGAGAAUUGUUCAGAAUUCUAGAACCCCCUCACCAGAUGAAGCAACCUCGAACUUGGACAGUAACUCUACCACUAGCUCACAGGUAGAAAGAGAUUUGGAAGAAGAAGAAAAUGUUUUUGGAUUUACUUCUAACGAUUGGAUGUUUUCCGAAUACCGAAACCCAAAGCCGUCCAUAGAACCGGAGACUCCGCCCAGACAAACCCUACCGCUACCACCUACACGCCCACCUCCACCUCCAAUUCCUCCAAAACCCUCAUCCAUGUCUAAUCCCACGCAGUUACACGGCAAAGUAACUCUCGCAGCAGAACCCUUCGAAUUCAGAGGAGAGAAGGAACAAUUCAUAGCAUGGCGCCAAGCACUACAGUUGUACUUAACCGCCUACGCAUCCUACUUUCCAGACGAGAAGACGAAGCUCAUCUACCUCCUGUCCAAAAUCAGCGACCAAGGAACGUCGACAGUAAAAGCUUGGAAAGAGAACGUGCUUACCAAAGCUCUCGACGCAACUACCCCCGGCAACUACCCCCAUAUGGCCAACUCUCUCGACCGUCCUAACUGA